UCGUGCGAUCGCUGUGCACAUCUUCCCCCAAAGUGCUAUAAUUACGCAAACAAGGAUCGAUCGGUUCUGGGGAGUCUCUUCCUUUGUUCCUCGAUCAUCGAAUCUCGGUGGUUCAGCUUUUCAGACGGCUGCACCCUCCUAUGCUUCAUAGCCGUACCCUGUCCUCUGCGCUCGGCGAAUCCGGAGCUUUGUAUCAUCAGUAACCCACCGGCCAGCUCCUAUUCAUGGUCAGAAUGAGAGGGUGGCUUCAAACUUUGGGCUUAACAGCCUUACUUGCGGGCCGAGUUCUUGCAAAUGAAGUUGCUUUGACACAAGAUGAAGCCAGUCGGCAACGAUGCUCGGGAAUGUAUAGCCGCAAAGCAUGGGGUGGAAACGUGGACCCCUUCAUCUUGACCAAGUUUGUUCAAGACUCGAGCGCCGGUGACAGCGAUCCUCUCGUCAGUCUUGUUAUCUUCGAAUGGACCGAUGAAAACCUCAUUGGGCGUCCUGUACCCGGCGAUUCCGACGUGAUCGAAACGAUUUGCGAUGAAGCGAGCGUGCAAGCGAACUUGUGCAACGAGGAUCAGAUUGGAUCAUUUAUUCUUGCUGCAAACGCCACCGAAGCCGCCAAAUUCCCCAUCAUUACGCAGGCUGUGCAUCUGAGCAACCCGACUGCCAUCAACUAUCCGAUCAAGAAGACCGGUUUCUAUUGUGUGAGCACAUACGGAUACUCUGGACGCGACUACAAGGCCGUUGUGGAAUUCAGGAACUCAUAUGGAGAGCUCCCAGCUGCGCAAAUUGCGAAGCUGCCGUUCUAUGGAGGCUUGACCAUUGUCUAUGCUGUGGUCGGAGCGUUCUGGGCUUUUCUAUAUGUGCAAAAUCGCCACGAUAUCUUGCCUGUACAAAAUUACAUUACUGCGAUCUUGGUCUUCCUGAUUGUCGAGCAGGCAAUGACCUGGGGAUUCUAUGAGUACCAAAAUGUGCACGGCUUAAAUGCUGGCGCAAAAGCUUUGAUGGUCAUAGUAGCCGUCCUUAAUGCAGGUCGAAACUCCUUCUCGUUUUUCCUUCUAUUAAUCGUGUGUAUGGGUUACGGCGUUGUGAAGCCUUCGCUUGGGCGAACCAUGAUCUACGUCCGCGUUCUCGCCAUCACUCAUUUUGUCUUUGCCGUGAUAUAUGCUGUCGCGAGUCUGUCAAUCACUCCUGAUAGCGCUGGUCCACUUGUGCUGCUCAUUGUUCUGCCACUUGCCGGAACACUGACUGCUUUCUACGUCUGGACGUUGAACUCGUUGAAUGCCACGAUGAAGGAUUUGAUCGACCGGAAGCAAAAGGUGAAGGCCAUGAUGUACAAGAAGCUGUGGUGGUGCAUCCUCGGUAGCAUUAUCGUCAUUUUUGGCUUCUUCUUCCUGAACUCGAUCAACUUUGCCGGACACAGUGAAGCAAGCUUUGUUCCUGAGCACUGGAAGACUAGAUGGUUUGUCCUCGACGGCUGGCUCAACAUUGUCUAUCUCUUUGACAUUGGGUUCGUUGCCUAUCUGUGGCGUCCUACUGCCAACAACCGACGCUUCGCCAUGAGUGAUGAGAUUGCUCAAGAUGACGAUGGCUUCGAAAUCAGGUCUUUCGGUAGUGCUUUGGAUGAGGAAGACGCUCUUGGUGGUCUUGAGGAACACUCUGGUCAUGAACAGCGCCGCGACCUGUCUCCUAUCCCGCCCAAGCCCGUCCCUUCUGCAUCGCGUCCGCGCGAGUCCCUUGAUGGAGAGACUAUCUUUGCAGUUGGUGAAGACGGUGACAAGUGGUCAGAUGACGAGGACGAGUCACCUCGCAACUCCGGUGAGAGACAGCGCCUCACUGGCAAGCAUUAGAUGGCGAUGUCAACACUGCAGGAAAGCUUGAAGCUGCGGUGCAUAACCACAGCGUUUGUGGCCCUACGAGCUUGACCCUGCAACCCCAGAGAGAUCUUGUCGUGUUGGAAUGGAAGCUCAGUGUCGCUCUCAAUCUGCUUGAAGGCAUAUCAUGGCGUUUGGCUAAGGUGAAUUCCCAGUGAGUUUGGUUUUUAGCCUUCAGUUUCUUUUUCAUUGAUGAGGGAUGAAAAAUAUUUGUUGUCCCAUAUGUAUAAAGUCUGCUUAAUAGUUCAAAAUGGAAUUGGCUUCAGCAC